AUGAGUAACGACCCCGGAGGGGGUUCCAGGGCAUUUGGCUCGUUUUACGAGCUUUUGUCCGGGGACACAACGGAAAAUGCUGGAAAUCUCAAAAGAAAGAUUGGAAAUCGACGCAGCCCAACCGAAUUCACCAAGUCCAUGAAAAUUGACUGCAGAAAUGGACCACGUUUCUUGGUGCUUCACAGAUUGGACAAGGAGAAAACUAUGGAGACCGAGAAUCCAUUCUUCAUUAAGAAGGCAAUGGAUGCUAUUACGUCAAAUGUACAAAUAUCACGUACUCGAAACGGUGAUCUUCUUUUGAAGACUGUGGAUCGACAGCAAGCUUCCAAACUGGUAAAACAAUCGACUUUUGGAGGGAUUAACGUCAAAAUAACGGAACACGAAACCUUGAACUUGACUUCUGGAACCAUCUACUGCCCUGAUCUAAUCUCACUUUCUGACGCCGAGAUUUUGGAAGAGCUUCGAAAGGAGAAUGUUACCAAGGUUAGCAGAAUGCAACGCAAAGAAGGAAAAAAGAACAAGGAUGGGAAAGAUAAAUUGAUCGACACCGGAACAUUUGUGCUAACUUUUGAUUUGUGCCAACUGCCUGAUUCAAUCAAUGUUGGUUUCUAUAGCUGCAAAGUAAAGCUCUAUGUGCCAUCACCAAUGCGUUGCGCGAAUUGCUUACGCUUUGGCCACACGAAGAACCACUGUAAAGGCAACCGUAUUUGUGCGAAUUGUGGAGGUUUAUUCCAUCUUGACGGAAAGUGUACUCAACCAUCGAAGUGCCUGAACUGUGGUGGAGAUCACCCAGCUAUUUCCCGAACGUGUGCUAAGUUCGUGGAUGAGCUUGAAAUUCAACGUAUUCGAGUGACCGAUCGAGUAUCUGUUAGAGAAGCCCGAAGAAAGAGGAGACAACAGGUUCCGGAAGUGCCGAUUUUUACCCGAAGUUAUGCCCAAGUAGUCCAAAAUGCUACGCGCAACGAAAACUCAUCGCCCCCGCAACCCAGCACAACCGAAAAAACAACACAUCAACCAACAAAAACACCCAAGGUUAUCCAACAACAAACAAACCCACCUAAUUCUUCCCAACAAGAAUCAACUGAAGCUGUUAAACUCAACCGUGACACGACGAUGGAUGAACAGCCAACAUCGGAACAACACCUACAGAAAAAAACCGAGUUCACUAGUAGUGAACCUCUCACCCAACUGCACAAAGGUAAUAACCACCCAUUCUCACAGGAACUAGACAUGUCAGGCUCGGUGCUGGAGUUCGCUAUUGGAGGAGGGGCGGUGGAGCGAUUGAUUUUUUGA